AUGGAUUCUGAAAGUCUUACCCUUUUAAUCCAUCAAAAUUUUCAGAUUUUUUAAAAUUAAACCCUUUAAAAGCUUCCUAUAAUAUUUUUUUCUGGGAGGUAGAGAAAGAUUGGAAGCAGGUGUUGACAAUGGCAUCAUCCCAACUUUGAUGGAUUAUAUCAGAGUCCCAAGUCUUUCCCCAGCAUUUGAUAAAGAUUGGGAGACUAAUGGCAAGAUGGAACAAGCAAUGGAAAUUCUUGUGAAUUAUGUAAAAUCCUUAAACAUUACUGGGUUUACCCACGAAAUCUUAUACUUGCUCCUAGAGAAAUAUAAACAUUCUCUAUUGGCUGCCUUUAUCCUAUAUUCUUAUAUAAAUACGAAAACUGUAGAAUUGUUUCCAUUCAUUGCAAAUAGGUAUAAAGGAACCAGGCAUCCCUUGGCUUUUCUUUGCCGAAUUCCCUGCAACAGCUCCAGGCCUCGGAACAGUACUCAUGUACGGCCAUAUGGACAAGCAGCCACACUUUUCAGGAUGGAUUGAAGGAGCAGACAACACCAGCCCAGCUAUCAUAGACGGCAAGCUCUAUGGAAGAGGAGGUGCAGAUGAUGGCUAUGCCUUACCAAGUGCAGCCCUCAUCAUAAAAACAAUGGACGACCUCGGAAUCCCUCGUGGAAGAAUUGUUUACAUUGGUGAAAAUGAAGAAGAAAGUGGAAGUGACCAUUUAAUGGACUAUGUAAAGAAGCUUAAACAUAAAAUUGGCGAACCUGACAUCAUUGUCUGCUUGGACUCAGGAAUUGGAGAUUACGAACAUUUCUGGCUGACUGGCAGCUUAAGAGGAUUCACAGCUCUAGAUGUAACUGUAAAAGUCUUGACUGUAGGACAACACUCAGGAGAUGUGUCAGGUGUUGUGCCUUCUAGCUUCAGAGUCUUUAGGCAGAUUUUGGACAGAAUUGAAGACCCAAGAAGCGGAGAAAUUUUGAUCCCUGAACUUUAUACCCCAAUUACCCCAGAAAUUUAUGAGCAUGCUGCUGGGUGUGCAAGAGCGCUUGGACCUAAUCUGCUUGGGAAGAUUAACUGGCAGCCUGGAAUGCAGCCUGUAACUCAUGAUCCAGUCCAACUAGUUUUGAAUAGAACUUAUAGACCUACACUAUGUGUUACUGGAGCACAAGGACUCCCAGACCUUGCUAAUGCUGGAAACUUGUUAAGACCAAGCACAACAUUUAGACUGUCUGUCAGACUCCCUCCAGGUGUUGAUUCUGAAGUUGCUGCUGCCAAGUUGCACGAAGUUAUAACUAAAGAUCCUCCUUAUGGAGCUACAAUUGAAGUAAAAAUCCCAUUCAAAGGGAAUGGAUUUGCUCCAAAUCCUUUGGAGCCAUGGCUAAGUGAUGCUCUUAAUGUUGCAGGCCAUAAGUAUUUUGGAAAUGAAUUUUUAGUGAUGGGAGAAGGCGGAAGCAUACCAUUUAUGGGCAUGCUUGGAAAAGAAUUCCCACAGGCGCAAUUCAUGAUCAUUGGAAUUUUAAGCUCUGACAGCAACGCUCACUCAGCAAAUGAAAACUUCAGCAUUGCUUACUUAAAGAAACUUUUAUGCUGCCUUUCAGAAGUCCUUGCUCAACAUGGUAGGAGAACCAAAGCUUAA